UGUCACCGAUGACGGAGAGGAAGUUCCGGAGAGCCGCAGCGCGCAGACGCCACACGCCAGCCCCGCGCCAGCGCGCCGUAAGUGCGCAGGCGCGCGGGCCGCUGUCUUCAGCUCCUCUUCUCCCAGUGCCCAGACGUCAGCGGCCGUUGGGUCCUAUGUCGCGCCGGGCCCUCCGGAGGCUGAGGGGGGAACAGCGCGGCCAGGAGCCCCUCGGGCCGGACGCCCUGCAGUUUGUCCUCCGUGAUGACGAUGAUGCGGAAGAAGAAGGACCAAAGCGAGGGCCAGGUGGCCGGCGCCCCCGGGACGCAGGGAAGGAGGGCGUCCGUGUCAACAACCGGUUCGAGCUGAUAGACGUCGAGGACCUUGAGGAGGGACCUGUGGUGAACGGGGAGAGGCCCGACUGUCUGCUCGCAGACACAGUGGUGUCGGGGAGCAAGAGGAGGUCCCAGAGUGGAAGUGCUGCGACCAAGAAGGAUGGAGAGGUGGCUGGGGGGGCUGCUCCCCCAGAGCAGUCGAACGCAAGUGGCAAACUCCGGAAGAAGAAAAAGAAACAGAAAAACAAGAAAAAUACUGCAGAAGCUUCGGAAAAUGGGCUGGAGGACAUUGACCGCAUCUUGGAGAGGAUUGAGGACGGCAGUGGCUCACGCCCCCUGGGCCCGCCUCCCCUGAGCUCCAAGAAGCACGUCCUGUAUGUGGAGCACAGACACUUGAAUCCAGACACAGAACUGAAAAGGUAUUUUGGUGCUCGAGCUGUCCUGGGAGAACAAAGGCCACGGCAGAGACAGCGCGUGUACCCCAAGUGUACGUGGCUGACAACCCCUAAGAGCACCUGGCCCCGGUACACCAAGCCAGGUCUGUCCAUGCGGCUGCUGCAGUCCAGGAAGGGCCUGUCGUGCUUUGCGUUUGAACACAAUGAGGAGUACCAGCAGGCGCAGCUCAGGUUCCUCAGUGCCGUGGAGUCCAUGGAGCCCAACAACAUCGUGGUCCUGCUCCAGACCAGCCCCUACCAUGUCGACUCCCUGCUGCAGCUCAGUGACGCCUGCCGGUUCCAGGAGGACCAGGAGAUGGCACGCGACCUCGUAGAGAGAGCACUGUACAGCAUGGAGUGUGCCUUCCACCCCUUGUUCAGCCUCACCAGCGGGACCUGCCGGCUGGAUUACCGCCGACCUGAGAACAGGAGCUUCUACCUGGCCCUCUACAAGCAGAUGAGUUUCCUGGAGAAGCGGGGCUGCCCGCGCACGGCGCUGGAGUACUGCAAGCUCAUCCUGAGCCUUGAGCCGGACGAGGACCCACUGUGCGUGCUGCUGCUCAUCGACCACCUGGCCUUGCGGGCACGGGACUACGAGUACUUGAUCCGCCUCUUCCAGGAGUGGGAGGCUCAUCGGAACCUGUCCCAGCUCCCAAAUUUUGCCUUCUCUGUGCCCCUGGCGUAUUUCUUGCUGAGUCAGCAAGCAGACCUCCCAGAGCAGGAGCUCACCUGUGCGAGGGAAAAGGCCUCUCUGCUGCUCCGACAGGCUCUCACCAUGUUCCCCGGAGUGCUGAUGCCCUUGCUCGGGUACUGCAGCGUGCGUCCGGAUGCCACCGUCACCUGUCACCACUUCUUUGGACCUGAGGCCGAGAUAAGCCAGCCCCCCGCCCUGAGCCAGCUGGUGAGCCUGUACCUGGGGCGGUCACACUUCCUCUGGAAGGAGCCCGCCACCAUAAGCUGGCUGGAGGAGACCGUCCGUGAAGUCUUACAGGCAGUGGACGCCGGGGACCCCGCCGUGGAGGCAUGUGAGAGCAGGCGAAAGGUGCUCUACCAGCGUGCGCCCAGAAACAUCCACCGUCACGUGAUCCUCUCCGAGAUAAAGGAGGCGGUUGCUGCACUGCCCCCGGAUGUGAGCUCACAGCCUGUGCUGGGCUUUGACCCUCUGCCUCCUGUGGACACCAUCUACUCCUACGUCAGGCCAGAGAGGCUGAGUCCCGUCAGCCACGGAAACACAAUCGCCCUCUUCUUUCGGUCAUUGUUGCCAAAUUACACCAUGGAGGGCGAGAGGCCCGAGGACGGAGGGGCCGAGGGCCUGGAUCAUCAGCAGGGCCUGAACAGGCUGAUGCUGGCCGUGCGGGACAUGAUGGCCAACUUCCACUUCCAUGAUCUGGAGGCGCCACGCGAGGACCACGCCGAGGGGGACGGCGAGUGGGACUGAGCGGGCGGGCGCCUGCCCCUGCUGUGCAGUUAUGUUCCUGAUUUCUGUCCGGUCGGAAUCAGCCGGCCCUCUCAAGUAGAAAUGCUGAUGUGUCGUC